CGGGAGAGAGCGGGGGGAGCUUGGGGCUUCCGCCCCGCGGCGCGGAGCCUGCGGCCGGCGCGCCGUGCGGGUGUGUGUGUGUGUGUGUGUGUGUGACAGUGUGUGUCAGGUGACUCGGGUCACGCAGUCUCCCUCUCCCUCCUCGGGGAGGAACUGCCGCGCUCCGGCUGACUCCUCCGCCGGCGGGCGGGGCGGGGGAGGGGGCUCCGCGCGCUCCGGGAGCCGCGGGACCCGGACCUGGGCGCCGCCCGCCGCGGGGGACGCACGGCCCCCGGCGAGCUCCGCACAAAACCUCCAUUCACAAAUAGGUUGCGGGCGGGCGGCCGGCGAGGAGGCUUGGUGCCCCCCUCCCUCCCUCCCCGCUCCGGGACCCCCGCCGCCCGCCCCCGGGCCGGCCGGCCGGUGGGCGCGAUGAGCCAGGUGCUGGGGAAGUCUCAGCCGCAGGACGGGGACGACGACGACGAGGAGGAGGAUGAGCUGGUGGGGCUAGCGGACUACGGGGACGGGCCCGACUCCUCGGACGCCGACCCGGACAGCGGGACGGAGGAGGGAGUUCUGGACUUCAGCGACCCCUUCAGCACGGAGGUGAAGCCCAGGAUCCUGCUCAUGGGCCUGCGGAGGAGCGGCAAGUCGUCCAUUCAGAAAGUGGUCUUCCACAAGAUGUCGCCCAACGAGACCCUCUUCCUGGAGAGCACCAACAAGAUCUGCCGGGAGGACGUCUCCAACAGCUCCUUCGUCAACUUUCAGAUCUGGGACUUCCCGGGACAGAUCGACUUCUUCGACCCCACCUUUGACUACGAGAUGAUCUUCCGGGGAACGGGCGCGCUGAUCUUCGUCAUUGACUCGCAGGACGAUUACAUGGAAGCCCUGGCCAGGCUGCACCUCACCGUGACCCGCGCCUACAAAGUGAACACCGACAUCAACUUCGAGGUGUUCAUUCAUAAAGUGGACGGCCUGUCAGAUGACCACAAAAUUGAAACCCAAAGAGACAUUCAUCAGAGGGCAAAUGAUGACCUUGCUGACGCCGGACUAGAAAAAAUCCACCUCAGCUUUUAUCUGACAAGCAUAUAUGAUCAUUCAAUAUUUGAAGCUUUUAGCAAAGUGGUCCAGAAACUGAUUCCACAGCUGCCAACUCUGGAGAAUUUGCUAAACAUCUUUAUCUCAAAUUCGGGGAUUGAAAAGGCAUUUCUAUUUGAUGUGGUCAGCAAAAUUUACAUCGCAACUGAUAGUACUCCAGUGGAUAUGCAAACCUAUGAGCUCUGCUGUGACAUGAUAGAUGUGGUUAUUGACAUCUCUUGCAUUUAUGGUCUCAAAGACCAUGGAGCAGGCACCCCCUAUGACAAGGAAUCCACGGCUAUUAUAAAGCUGAACAACACAACUGUGCUCUAUCUGAAAGAGGUGACAAAGUUCCUGGCUCUCGUCUGCUUUGUCAGAGAGGAAAGCUUUGAAAGAAAAGGUCUUAUUGACUAUAAUUUUCACUGCUUCCGGAAGGCCAUCCAUGAGGUCUUUGAGGUCAGAAUGAAAGUGGUGAAAUCGCGGAAGGUUCAGAGUCGGCUGCAGAAGAAAAAAGGGGCCACCCCUAACGGAACCCCUCGAGUUCUGCUGUAGGUGAGGUUUCAGGAAUCAGGCCAAAUCUUCUGGAAUCAGGCCUUUGCCAUGAGGCUGCUGCACUGUGACGCACUAACGGGAGAGGAAGGAGGAACCUGGGACACAUGACACAGAUUUGUUGUUAAAAAAAAAAAUCCUGCAACCCUCUUGAUCUUCUCUUUUUUUAAAUAAAGUAAGCACUUUGAAGCAAACACUUGUAUAUCAACAAUGAAGUGGAACCCACUGUACUUUCGUUACACAAAUGUAAACUGUGACCUGUAGUCAGGAAAAUCCCAAGUGAGAACUGCCAGGAACUGUACAUAGGUUGCACUUUUUCAUGUUUUUUUCUGAGUGAACUGAACUUUGAUAAAACAACUUUUCUAAGC